AGAAUUUUACUGGAAAGCGGGGAGGGAUUGGCAGAAACUCAGGAAUUUAGAGAGAGAGAGAGAUAGAAGGAAUGAGAGACUGAAAGAGAGAGGGAGGAGGUCAGAGGGGGCAGAGUUGUAGCACACACUGGGAGAGAGGUUUAGAAGAAAGACACCAACUGAAAAUAUAAAGGGAUUGAAAGCGGGAAAAAAGGCGAAAAAGAAGCAUAGAGAACAAAGUGACAACGGCAAACAUUUAGCAAAAGUGAGAAAAGGAACCGGAGGGAGUGGGAAUAUAUAGGAGGGAGAAAGAGAACGUACACGAGAAGGCCCCAGAAGGACAGAAGAAGGCGUUCCAAGAAGAAGGAGCAACUGGAGAAGUUAGAGGCAAAACUGUUACUUUUCUGACCUCCUCGAUACAGAAAAGAGAGAAUCAUGCUGUUUUUCUCCGUGUUAUUUUGUCUCCUCCUGGCUUCAAGUAGACAGCAAGAGGAGCCAAACAGUUUUACGGAAUGUACAGAUGGUUAUGAAUGGGACCCAGACAGACAACAUUGCAAAGAUAUUAAUGAAUGCCAGACAAUCCCUGAUGCCUGUAAGGGGGAGAUGAAGUGCAUUAAUCAUUAUGGGGGCUACCUGUGCCUUCCACGCUCUGCCUCUGUGAUCAGCGACUCUCACUCGGAAUCUGCCACUCAUGACCAGCUCCCUUCCCAGCCUGAUGUCGUAGAGCAGCAGCAGCCGAACCCAUGCCCUCAAGGCUACCAGCCUGACUCUCAGGGGCUGGGCACCUGCGUGGAUGUGGACGAGUGUGCAUUUGAACUGGACGACUGUCUGCCCAGCCAAGAGUGUGUAAAUGUACCAGGCGGCUUUCACUGCAAAUGUCCCGAUGGGUACAGGAAGAUUGGGAGUGAGUGUGUAGACAUAGACGAGUGCAGAUACCGGUACUGUCAGCAUCGCUGUGUUAACUCCCCGGGCUCCUUCACCUGUCAGUGUGAGCCUGGAUUCCAGCUGGCAUCCAACAACCGCUCCUGUGUGGAUGUUAAUGAAUGCUCCAUGGGAGCACCCUGCCAACAGCGCUGUUACAAUACCUAUGGGACCUUCUUAUGCCGCUGCAACCAAGGGUAUGAGUUGGACCAAGAUGGCCAUACUUGUAAUGACAUUGAUGAGUGCAGUUAUUCUAGUUACCUUUGCCAGUACCAGUGUGUGAACGAGCCGGGCCGCUUCUCGUGUAUCUGUCCAGAUGGAUACCAGCUGUUAGGCACUCGGCUAUGCCAAGAUAUCAACGAAUGUGAGGCUGGGACCCACACCUGCUCAGAGUCUCAGACCUGUGUCAACUUCCAUGGCGGAUACCGUUGUGUCGAAAAGAACCGUUGUCAGGAGCCAUAUAUACAAGUGUCUGACAACCGAUGUAUGUGUCCAGGAACCAACCAGAUGUGUCGCGACGAGCCAGGCUCUAUUGUGUAUCGCUACAUGAGCAUCACUUCAGACAGGAGCGUCCCCUCCGAUAUAUUCCAGAUCCAGGCAACCAGCGUAUAUCCCGGGGCAUACAACACGUUCCAGAUUCGCUCUGGAAACGAGCAGGGAGACUUCUACAUCAGGCAAAUCAACAACAUCAGCGCCAUGCUCGUGCUGGCCCGUCCAGUCACCGGCCCCCAGGAAUACGUUCUGGAUCUUGAAAUGUUGACCUCCAACUCCCUGCUUAGCUAUCGCUCUAGCUCAGUGCUCAGGCUUAUCGUGUUUGUGGGGGGCUAUUCCUUCUAGAGAUACAUAAAAAAAAAACAGGACAUUAUCUGCAUAUUGCCCAUAAACAUUUUUUUUUGUCCUUUGUGAAAUAUUUUCUUUUUACUAAUCUGUAUUUUAUUUUUUUAUUAAAACAUGAAUUUGUUCUGUUUGAAA